AUGUCAGAUUCUAAAAAAUUAUCUAAAAAGGAGAAGAAAGCUCAACAAUUUCGAAAACCAAAGGAAGAAAGAGAAGCAGAAAAGAUAGAGAAGAAAGAAAGUAAGAAGAGAAAACUAGAAGAAGAAGAAAAUCAAGAUAAUGAGGUACAACCACAAGAUAAUGAAGAACAACCAAAAAAGAAAAGGAAAACAAGAAGAGGUAAAAAGGGUAAAGGAACAAACGAAGGAAAAGGUCCUCGAUUCAUACUAUUUGUAGGAAAUUUACCAUAUGAUAUAAAUCAACAAGAAUUAAUAGCACAUUUUCAAAAUAGUUCACCCAAUAGAAUAAGAAUUAGAUCUGAAAAGGGAAUAGCAUUUUUAGAAUUUGAUAAUGAUACUAGUGAAAUUCAAAGAAAGAUGGAAUUAGCUUUAAGAUUAAAUCAUUCAGAAAUUAGAAAUAGAAAAAUUAAUGUUGAAUUAACUGUUGGAGGUGGUGGAAAUUCUGAAACUAGAAAAUUAAAAUUAAAAGAAAAAAAUGAAAAACAAGAAGAAAAACAGAAGAAGAGGAUUGAUGAAGAAAAGAAGAAAAAAAAGGGGAAACCUACUUCGAAAGAUCUUGGUGGUAUACAUCCUUCGAGAGCAGCAUUGAUACAGUAG